AUGGACAUGUGUUACUCAGACCUGGUCCCUCCUGCAGCCUCAGACCCUCAGACCUGGUCCCUCCUGCAGCCCCAGGCCCUCAGACCUGGUUCCUCCUGCAGCCUCAGACACUCAGACCUGGUCCCUCCUGCAGCCUCAGACCCUCAGACCUGGUCCCUCCUGCAGCCUCAGACCUGGUCCCUCCUGCAGCCUCAGACCCUCAGACCUGGUCCCUCCUGCAGCCCCAGACCCUCAGACCUGGUCCCUCCUGCAGCCUCAGACCCUCAGACCUGGUCCCUCCUGCAGCCUCAGACCUGGUCCCUCCUGCAGCCUCAGACCCUCAGACCUGGUCCCUCCUGCAGCCUCAGACCCUCAGACCUGGUCCCUCCUGCAGCCUCAGACCUGGUCCCUCCUGCAGCCCCAGACCCUCAGACCUGGUCCCUCCUGCAGCCUCAGACCCUCAGACCUGGUCCCUCCUGCAGCCCCAGACCCUCAGACCUGGUCCCUCCUGCAGCCCCAGACCCUCAGACCUGGUCCCUCCUGCAGCCCCAGACCCUCAGACCUGGUCCCUCCUGCAGCCCCAGACCCUCAGACCUGGUCCCUCCUGCAGCCUGGGCCUCAGACCCUGGGCCUCAGAAUCUGGUCUUGUUACUGCAGAUGGAAUAA